AUGGACGCCAGAGGCAUCCGUGUGAAGAGGACAAGCAGCCUGUGGGAGACUGAGCCGAUGUAUGUGCUAGAUCAGAAUAGGUUCGUCAAUGGAGCAUGUGAGGUUGAGACAGACUUGGAGCCCCUUGCGCUGCUUGAUCAGCUACAAGACAUCGAAAACACGAUGGGCAGGAAGAAGGUCAUUGACAAGGGACCUAGAAACAUUGAUCUAGACAUUCUCCUGUAUGGGGACGAGAAGAUUGAUCAUGAGAGGCUAACAGUGCCGCAUAUUGGCAUACAUGAGCGGGAAUUCGUGCUUCGGCCCCUGACUGAGCUCAUACCAAACAAGUCCCUUGGCCCCGAUCGGCCAUGGAAACUCACCCAAGACUAUCUGAAUGAGCUUCCGCCCUCAAACCCACCUCUCACUACCCUAACUCCCUUGUCUGCCACCCAUGCUCCUCUUCAAGCCUAUAAGCCCGACCGCAAAACUCACGUCAUGGCCAUCUUAAACAUGACACCCGACUCCUUCUCUGACGGCGGCGUCCACACACCCUCGGACCCGUCAUCCCUCGCUGAGACCAUCCGAUCAGUCAUCGCCGCAGGCGCAACCAUGCUCGACGUCGGCGGCCAGUCAACGGCACCGCACCGGCCACAGGUCUCCGAGGAAGAGGAGCUGUCCCGCGUGCUCCCGGCCAUCGAGCUGAUCCGCUCCCUUCCCGAGGGACAAAACGUCAUCAUCAGCGUCGACACGUAUCGCGCGGGAGUCGCCGAGGCCGCUGUGAAGGCCGGUGCGGACAUGAUCAACGACGUGUCGGCUGGCACUCUUGACCCGGCCAUGCUGUCGACGAUGGCGCGGCUCGGCAAGACUGUUUGUCUGAUGCACAUGCGCGGCACGCCCGCCACGAUGAACUCGCUGAACGACUAUAGCAGCGACACCGAUGGCGACAGCGGUCCUGCCGGCCUGACUGGCGAUGGUCUUAUCCCCGGUAUAGCACGAGAGCUGUCAGAGCGCGUAGCCGCGGCCGAGGCAGCAGGCAUCAGGCGGUGGAGGAUCGUGCUUGACCCGGGCCUGGGUUUCGCGAAGUUGGGCGAGCAGAACCUGUCCAUCCUGCGGCAUCUGCACGAGUUGCGAAGCUGGCCAGGUCUGCAGGGGCUACCAUGGCUGGUGGGCUCGAGCCGAAAGAGCUUCAUUGGCCGGAUCACCGGUGUGCCGAAACCGGCAGAGAGGAUAUGGGGCACGGCUGCAACGGUGGCGGCGGCCGUGGAGGGUGGAGCAGAUAUUGUCAGGGUGCAUGAUGUCAGAGAAAUGGCUCAAGUGGUCACAAUGGCAGAUGCCAUCUGGAGGUACUGA